CCCUGUCCCCCUUUAAGGGUCUACAUAUAUUGUUAAUGCAUAGACUUUUUACGCCCCCUCCAAAACCCCGAACUCCCUGUGUCCAUGCGGCUUUGAGUUAUACUUCGAUGCAUAUGUCAUGUUUUCAUAUAUAUAAUAUAUAGAUAUGUUUAGAUUGAAUGAGAUGAACUAUAAACGAUUUAAAAAUUAAAUUAUUUCAAAAAAAAAUCCAGACUCUAUUGAUUAAAUAACAUGGAAUAAGGACACUCAACCAGACAUAUAAUUGUAUUAUAUGUCUCUGACUCAACUAUAAGCUCAAUAAAUUUUCAAUUUAACGAAUCUUAAUAUGUAUCAGCAUGACGAUAUGUUGAUAAUUAAUCAUUUCUUUGAAGGUAAAAAUGUCUAUAUCAUAAGCUAUUGAUCAAUCAACAUUAUCGUUAAAUCUUUUGAAUUCGAUCAAACACAAAAGAUCUUUAAAAUAUAUUUUGUUUACGUUGGGACAGGAACGAGGCCACCCUUACUUCAACUGACCUUCACAGGAAGUUAGCAGGGGACAGAAGUCCGUGGUCGUCAGGUUCAUUGAAACGGAGUGAUUUCUUUACACCUUUUGAGGAAAAAUUGUUGGAGGCUGUUGCCGGCCAGCCCCCGGGUGUCAAUAUGCCGACGACAAGACCACAAACCGCGACAAUGAGAAAGAAAAUACGUCCCAGUUCGGCUGGACCAAAUCUGCAGUCUCAUCCAUGUUACUCAACAAGUUUAUUCGAUAGUAAUAGACCCUCAACAGCUUCAUCUUCAUCUUUACGAACACAGGAGAAAGGUGCGUUACCCGCCAGACCCGUGACACAGGCUGGCCCACGGAGACAGUAUCGAGCGCCUCAAGCAGAUGUACGACUUCAAGAAAUUCAAAAACAGCCUCGUCGACUCACACUCGGUACUGUUGAUGGGCUUCAGCCUGACUUGAUUAAAAAUCGACCAAGAUCUGGUAAUGGACAGAUUUCAGAUCAACUGAAAAAUAAAAUUGAAGAACAGAUCGAUUUGAAUACAUUGGAAGAAUUGAAAAAGGCAUUCUUGAGAGCAGACAGGGAUGAGUCGGGACAGUUAGAUCUAGAAGAAUUUAAAGCUUUACUGAAGGCAAGAUUGAACCUUAGGGUCACUAAAGAAGCACAAAUUGAAGCACUAUUUAAAAAGAUUGACUGGUCGUACAAUGGAGGUAUUACUUGGGAUGAGUUCUGUACAUACAUGCAGCUGGAGUAUGCUGAGAAAGAGGACUCCUACCUCAGAUCUAAGGAAGUGGAGUUUCUGUUACCAGCAAAGAUAGCUAGUCCCCCUCACAGAGAUCCUAUACUGAGGAUUACAAGUAAUCCUGAUGGAUCCUUCUUAGCUUGCAGUCAGGAUGGGACAGUUACAUUCUGGGGAAUGUCUGGUAAUGAACUGAAAUGGAAGAGAAAGAAAGAGAUUGUUAACACAGAAACAAUGUCUAGAACCAAACCAAAAUGGAUCACAGAUUUUGUCAUCAUGCCAGAAUAUAACAAAUUUAUAGUGGGCACAGGUGACAGAGAAAUCCAGUUCUUUGAGUUAUCCUCCUUUGACCCAUAUUGUCAAGUCAGUAGUCUAGAAUCAGUACCUUUACAGUUAGACUAUUGUGCUACAAAUACAGAUGAAUGUAUAAUUGUAUUUGGUGACAGUCAAGGAUGUAUUAAUAUUCUAGUCAUAAAAAAUCCUGGUGAAUCUUUGAGGUUAUGGAAAAAAGAAAAAAGACAUCAAGGUUUUAUACCAAGUAUAUCUUUAGAUCAAAUCAUAGAAAAACACAGAGCUAUGUUUAUAAGAUGGCAGGUUCAUAAAGACUGGGUUCAACAGUUGAAGUACUAUCAUGAUAUCAAAAUGAUAAUCUCCUGUUCCAAUGAUAGAGACACAGCACUUGUGAAAGGAUGUAUUAUGGGUAGUUCACACAGAUCACAGGAAAUUGCUGAAUACCAACAAUCAAUGAUCCGCCAACAAAAUGCAGGAAAGAAAGAUUCCAAAGAUCCCCAGGACAAGGCAAAGCUUAGACAGAUGUUAGCUGUACCUAAACCCAGACAAUCAUCAGACCAAGCAGUAUUUCAGGUGUACAAAGGAGUCAAAUGUUUUGAUUUCUGUAAAGAUAAAAAUAUCAUUGUCACUGGUGGCAUGGACAGGAUUGUACGGUUAUGGAAUCCAUAUGUGAAUUUAAAGCCAACUGCCAUGUUAAGGGGACAUAAUGCACCAAUCUUUUACCUUAUGAUUGCCAAGGAGGAGAACAGAAUCUUCAGUAUUUCUACAGACAGAUGUAUAAAGAUCUGGGAUAUUCAGGACCACAAUUGUCUGAUGACAGUCAGGGAAAAAGGUCAUGCAAUCAGAGGAGAUAUCCAAGCCUGCCAUUACUCAAUUAUCUCUAAAACAUUGGCUAUUGCAACAGACAAUAUGUGCUUAUUACAACUAAGACAGAAAUCAGAUCAAGAUGCAAAAAAUGUCAGUGAUGAAUUAGAAACUUCUGAAGGACCAACGUUACAUCGAGAUAUAACAGUUACUCACAAAGAACCAGUCACCUGCUGCAAAUAUAAUGCCUGUUUUAAUUAUGUUAUUACCUGCUCUGAGGGCUCGGUAAUAAAGAUCUGGGACUUUGAGACAGGCACAGCUAUAUUUGAGUAUGGAGAAGCACAUGGUGACUCUGCUAUAACAUGUAUGACCUUUGAUAAUACAGAAAGAAGGUUAAUAACUGGAGCCAGAGAUGGAGUGUUGAAUAUAUGGAAUUACAAUAAUGGACAUUGUCUCAGAAAACUACAAAAAUCCAAGGGUAAUGAUGAAAUCUGUGAUGUUGUUUAUGUAGAGAUGAACAAGAAUCGCUACAUUAUAUCUGUAGGAUGGGACAAAAGAAUCAAUAUUUACUCUGACUCUCAGACUGAUUCCAAUAUACAUCAAGUGCAGAAUCCUAAUAUAGUCUGGACUGAUGAUUUGAAAAAUGGUCAUAAGGAAGACAUAUUGUCCAUAGCCCAGUGCCAGCCAAACUUACUAGCAACAGCAGGGUAUGAUGGUGAAAUAGUUGUAUGGAAUAUGGUAUCUGGUCAUAUUUUCUGUAAAUUACAUGGUAAGAGUAGUGUGAGCAAGUUAGUAUUUAUGUCAGAAAGAGCCUAUAACAAAGGGGCAGCUUCAUUGAUCUCCAAUGGACCUGAUGGACAUAUUCUGUUCUGGAAAGUUUUUGAGGGUGGAUCUCUAGAAGCAGACUUCCCUGGGACUUCCACAGAGGGUGCUUUAAUCAGUACAAUGACAAUCAACGAAGCCAACACUAUGCUAUGUGUGGCUGAUAAUUUAGGAUUUGUAUUUGUAUAUAAUGUUGAAGGCUAUGCAAUGUCAGGGUAUGAAGAGGAACCUCCAGAAUUGGUGAACACAUGGAGAGGUCAUGUAGAUAGCAUAUCAUGUAUAGAGUUAGUAGAGAAAAACAAAGUUAUAAUGACAGCGUCUAUAGACUGUACAGUCAGACUGUGGAACUAUGAAGGCAAUUAUAUAGGUACAUUUGGUCAGCCAGAACAGUGGGACCUAUAUAACACAUCUACUUUCUGUCAUCCCAUGGUGCCAUAUGAUGUACUGAUAGACCCCAUGAGUUUACCAUCUCACCCUGUAUUGAAAGAAGGAACAAAGACAGAAGAUCUCCUGGAGGAAAUUAAAAAAAAGGAAGAUGAAACUGCUAAGAUCCAGCCAGCAUAUACAUCUUAUGUCAAGCCACAGAUCAAUAUAGAUGAUGAAACUAUUGCUAAAGACAUCAGAGAUCUAAAUGAUAUCCUCAAAGAUACAGGACUUGAUGAAGAACAGGCGAAAAACUAUCACGGGAAAUGGUUAAGACAUGAGAAAACAAAGAUCAAGAAAAUAGACAAAGGAGGACCUUCAGAUUAUCAGACUUUAAAAUGGUCCCAAAUUGUGGACCCACCUCAACCAGAUUUUCCCAAAGUGAAAUUUGACAAAGACGAUCCUUUUGGGUCAGGAAUGGAUCCUGAAAUGAUGACCAAUAGUCUUAAAUCUUUUACUAAUAAACAGCAGGCUGUGUCAUAAUUAUUGGUCUUUUGUAUAAAAGAAACAAUAUUUAAUAUGAAAAUUAUUUUUUUUAGAUUUGUUUUAUUGUAAUUUGAUUUUUAUUUGCACAAAUGAAAAAAUCAUAAAUAUAAUGUAACUGAAUUUCAUUUUGUUACAUGUUCAAAAAUGCUAUAGAACUACUAUAAUGUUAUUUUUAUAUGUACUAGCCAUGUUAUGCACAGAAUGAUAAUCUUGAACUUUAUACAUGUAUGAAGUAAAAAAAAUGUGGGUGUGUAUUACUUACUUAAAUUCUAUUACCUCUUUAAAAUGCACAAAAGCACUGCUGCUUAAAAUUUAUACCAUUCAGACAUUUAUAUUAUAGUUACUUUCAGAGACUUUUUAGAAUUAGUUACCUCAAUUUGCAUUUGAUAGUUGUUUUUUUUUUCCAUUUUACUGUGAUAAUCAUGAUUAUAUUCCUGUUACCCUUUCUAGACAGCAGGGAUAUGACCCAACAUUAUACUUUCAUAAAGUUAUUACAUUGACUAAUUUUAAAUGUAGAAAUUUUUGUUAAUAGAAUGCUUAUUGAAAACAAAUCCAAUAUUUGCUGCUUUUACAAAUGAUUUACAUGAUUUUCUGUAUGAUAUGACAGCAGCCAAUUUGUUAGAUAAGAGGCUAUUUUCAGUAUAUAAGGCCUCCCAUGGAAUUUGAUAGUAUAAGAGGUUAGUCUGUUGAAACUUUUUAUAAAGUAUAUUUUUGAAAAAAGUCUAUUCUGUUAUUAUUUUUGUAGCAUAAUUGAGUGUCUUUUUUAAUGAAAAUUUGAACUUUGAAUCAUGAGGCUCUAAGUAAAUUUGGGAUCUAGCUUUAUCUUUUUGAAUUUACACAUACAGGACAGGUGACUGUAGUGAAAAGAAGUGCAAGUUUACAUAAUUUUUUUUAAAUUGUUAGUAGUCUGUUCACUGCACAAGCUAAAGGCCACUGCACAUUCUAGCAUCAAAAGAUCCCAAGUUUUCAAUUCAUAUGUCGAGAAUAUGAAUAAAAGUUUUAUUACCAUUUUGAAUAAUUCCGUCCAUUUUGUGUCAAUCAAAUGAAUAAAAAAUAUGUGAUAAAAAUUAUGAUAUACAAUUUUGUUCAAGUUAUUAUGUGGCCUGACGGGGAUGCUGUAGCGUUUUAUACAUGAUAUAAGGAUUACUUCUUUUGUCUUGCCUUGUCCAUGUCACUCUUUGUUAACCAGUGACUUUUUAAAACAUCACUACAGAUUUCUCCCAAACUUUCACAGAUCCCUUCUGCAGGACAUGAAUUUGUGCACUGGCUAUUUUGAUUUUUGAUCUGAGUGAUAUUUUGGGCUUUCACAAUUUUACCAAAACAUGGACUUGGCCAUUUCUGCUUAAUCCACAACUCCUUAAAAAAAUGGAUUGACAGAAUUUAAAUUAACUUGCAUAGAUUAUUUUAUUGGAAAUGACUUUUGCAUCUGUUAUUUUAAUUUUUGAUAUGGUAAAUUUUUGGGGUUUCCUAUACCAAAGCAUGGACUUUGCUAUAUCUGCUUGUAGAAUUUGGAGAAGGCAGGCAACACUCCUGUUUUAUACUCAGUUUUAUCUUAUUUUACUGUUUUGUAUAGUAUUUAUUCAUGUAUAUAUGUACAUAUUUCAGAGUUUAUGUAUACUGUUAGUAUAUUAUUUUAUAUGUGAUAAUGUUAUGCAAUAUUUUCCUCAUGUGUGCCAACUUUAUAUAUAUUUAUGAUCAUAGUAUUCACUUCCUGCAACACAGAGAUUUUGCUGCUGAAGUCACUGCUUUUUAGGGCUUAAUAUUUUUUUUUUACUUGUAAGUUUUUGAGGAAUGUGCAUUUAAAUCAAUAUAUUUAAUAAAUGAUCAAUUAUAGGAAUCUUAUCUAAAUCUAUAAAGACCAUUAGGUUAACUUCUAAAAAGGGUAUUCAAGUUUUUAUUUUUCAUAAUUCUAUUUUACACUAAGUGUCACAGGUUUCUUUAAAAAUUGGAAAUUUUUCAUGCCUUAGAUUCUUAAAAAAAUGUUAUUUUUUUUUACAAUAAAUAACUUCUAUAAUUACACAUUUAUGAAUAAGACAUAAAUUCUACUACCGUUCAAGUGAAUUAGGCUAUAUUCAGAAUUGAUUGAGGUUUUUCAUAUAUUUUUUUUUCAAAUAAAGCUAUUUUAUAAAGUUCUUAAUAGAUUGGGAAAGAGUACGUAGCUAUAGGUUUAUGUCCAUUUUGGAGUAGUGUUUUAAUGUUUUAUUAUGAAUUGUAUCCAAAGUUAUAUCUGAAUAAGUUUGAUGAAGUAUGCCCAGGCCUUUCCAUUCCCUUUACUCUGUUUUAUCUUAAAUAUCAGAAAAAAAUAUCUUGAAAAUGAAAGUAUUAUCUAGAUUUUAUUUUUUUGUAUGGUUAAAACCACAAGACAAUCAUUACAAUAUAUUAUUCUUAUAUAAACUAUACUCUUGAUUUUUUUUAAUGAAUUGUAACAAAUAUUUGUUAUUACCCUAUUACACUAAUGUUGUUGAUUUUUAUUUGUCCAGUUAUUAAACAAACUAUUAAAAAAUCAUAAGUAGGCACCUAAACAAGUCCACACAUAAUACCCAAAACUUAUACAGAUACCUUGAAAUGUAUUAAACAAAAUGGACUAGGGUAUUUGCAUGAACAUUCUGACAUUAUGGUCCAUUCAAUUUUUCAUGUCCCUUUAUUGUUUUGUUUGUACCUGCACAAACAAGUGAUUAGAACUAUUUUUUUGUAUCCUCCAAGAUUGAAUUGUAUACCAUUGUUUACCAGUUUAGUUAACAAGCCACUGUCUCUGUUUAUAUAUUUAUCUACUUGCCCACAAUAUGAAAUUGUGAUGCAUUUCUAUUUACAAUAAAAUUGAUGAAGAGUAA